CCCUCGAAAGCCCCUUGUCCGAGGGCGGGAGAGCGAAGGCUCCCUGGCGUGGCCGUAGUCCUCGUGGCCGGGACGCGCGCAUGGCCCCUCGGGAACAUGGCCGGCGCCGAGGUGAGCAAUGGCCUGAGAGAGGCUUUGAUAGAGAACCUCAACAACAUCUUAUCGCCCCAAGCUGAUGUCCGCCGUGCAGCCGAGGAGCAGAUCCAUGUCCUGGAGGUGACAGAAGAAUUUGGUGUCCACUUAGUAGAGCUGACUCUAGAUCGGAAUGGCCCCCUUCCCAUCCGGCAGUUGGCCUCUGUGCUGCUUAAACAGUAUGUCGAAGCUCAUUGGUGUACGGACUCGGAGAAGUUUAGAGUACCAGAGUGUCCAGAAUAUGCAAAAGCCAAAAUCAAAGAAUUAUUACCACAUGGCCUACAUGAACCCAUCAGUAAAGUCAGAUCCUCGGUAGCAUAUGCAAUAUCUGCCAUUGCCCACUGGGACUGGCCAGAAAAUUGGUGUGGGCUGUUUGACCUGUUGAUGGCAGCCCUCAAGACAGGUGAGGAGGCACCUGUACAUGGUGCAAUGAGAGUCUUGACCGAGUUUUCUCGGGAUCUCACUGAUCAGCACAUACCCCAAGUUGCUCCAGUCAUCCUUCCUGAGAUGUAUCGCAUUUUCUGUGAAGAGGAGAAAUAUGGCAUUAGAACAAGGGGUAGAGCAGUGGAGAUCUUCAGCACCUUAGCCAACCUAAUUUGUAUGAUGGGCGAGUAUAAUAGAAGCUUAGCCAAGACCCUUCUCUACCCGACUCUUCCAGCCUUCACUCAAGCUCUUGUCAAGGGUUUGCAGACCAUGGAUGGGUUCACUUCCGAUUCCGGCCUCAAAAAGGAAAUUCUUAGUGCUCUUACAGUGUUGAUGAAGAACGUACCCAAACAAAUGGGCCAGUAUCUUGGGGAGGUGCUAGGACCUGUGUGGCAAACCUUAACUUCUAGCGCCGAUACGUAUGUCAACACCACUGUCAAUGCACGAGAAGAUGCUGAUGACCCUGUUGAUUCAGAUGGUGAAGUUCUGGGUUUUGAAAAUUUAGUGUUUACCAUAUUUGAGUUUGUCCAUGCCCUUGUGGAGACGACCAAACACAAACAGAUGGUUAAGCAAGGAAUAGCUGAUUUGAUAUACUACAUCCUUUUAUAUAUGCAAAUAACUGAGGAUCAGAUUGAAAAUUGGAGCAAUAAUCCAGAUGCCUUUGUUGAAGAUGAAGAUGAAGAUAGUUUUGCUUAUUCUGUCAGGAUAUCUGCCCAGGAUCUCCUUCUGGCUUUGUGUCAGGAACUCGCCGAAGACUGUGGCCAGGGCCUUGUUGUGGCUGUGGGCAGGCACCUCGAGCGUGCGACUACCCAGAGGUCAGCUGGGGAUCCUGCGUGGUGGAAAACCCACGAAGCAGUCAUGCUGGCACUUGGGUCUGUGCGUGACCUUAUCCUGGAUCAGGUGGCUAAGGGACAGCUGCAGUUUGACCUCACAAACUUCAUUCAGUCUGUAGUGUUGGCAGACUUGGAUCCUAAUUCAUCUCCCUUCCUGGCUGGCCGAGCCCUGUGGUGUGGAAGUAGAUUUGGCCAAGCCAUAACUCCUGAGAUGUUGGAACAGUUCCUUCAGGCAACAGUGUCUGCUCUCAAAGAUAGUCCUAAUCCCAUCAUUAAGGUUUCUGGUGUCAGAGCUGUGUGGGGAUUUUGUGAGUUUCUAAAAGGCAGUGGCAACCCAGGUGCCCUCCAGCCAUACUUGCCAGCCAUCUUGGAUGGCCUCGUCACGCUUGCCACUCAGGCAUCAUCAGAAGUCCUGUCACUCAUCCUGGAGACUUGCUGCAUUGUCGUUUCUGUGGACUCCAACUUCACAGCAGCCAAUGUUGGCCGGAUCUCCACACUUUGCCUCGCUGUAUUUAUUAAGGCCAAUAAUGACCCUGUCCUGGUAGCCCUUGUACAAGAUGUUGUCCGGGAGCUCUGCCAAAACCCGGGCUGCACCACCACACUCCAGACGAAAUUCAUCCCAACUCUAGCUUCCAUUCUUAAUGCAUCGACAGAUAAAGUCCCCCCAGGUAUGCAGGCUGUGGCAUUAGACAUGUUAGAAGUCAUGGUCCGCUCCUCAUCACCUCCACUUGGUGAACCCCUUAUUAACGUAGCCUUUCCUGCGGUCGUCCAGAGAACUCUAAACACCGAUGAUAAUUCAACUCUUCAGAAUGGAGGAGAAUGUUUACGAGCUUAUAUUUCUGUAGCUCCAGAUCAGGUGUUAGCAUAUCAUGAUGCUGAGGGCAGAUCAGGGUUGCAAUAUGUAGUACAAGUAGCCUCACAGCUCUUAUCACCAGCCACUAGUGAACACACAGCCACUUUUGUGGGCCGCCUCAUUACCGUCCUUAUCCGAAGAGCAGGUGACCACUUAGGGGAUAACCUGGACCUUCUUCUCAGAGCUGUCCUUAGUAAACUUCAGGGUGCAGAGAGUUUAACAGUUGUGCAAAACCUGGUGCUGGUGUAUGCUCAGCUAGUCCACUCACAGUUGGAUGGGGUGUUGAAUUUCCUGGCUGGGGUUCCUGGCCCCUCAGGACAGUCGGCUCUUCAUUUCGUUCUCACUCAGUGGUGCUCCAAACAGCAUCUCUUCUUCGGUGCAUAUGAAGGAAAGGUUAGUGCAGUUGCCCUGGCUAAACUACUGGAGCAUGGUGUGACAUCAAAUGAUACCAGAUUGCAAGACAUCAUUGUUCAAGGAGAUCAGGUCUUCUCCCCAGAGGGCAGAGUGCGCACACGAUCACAACGUGUUGUACGGCCUGAACAGUGGACUCAAGUGCCUGUGUUAAUAAAGAUUUUCAAGCUUUUAAUUAACGAACUUGCCAAUGCCAUAGAUUCAAACCUGACGAAGGACGAUGACGAAGUAAGUCAGGAAUCAGAAGAUGAGUGCUGGGAGGAUGACGAGGAGGAUGGCCAGACCAAUGGAGAUUCUGCACUUGCCACAAUGUUUCCGCCAGCCAGUGGUUAUCCUAGCUAUGAUGCAGACACUGUGGAUGAUGAGGAUGACCCUGAUGCUGUGAGUGAUCCAUUGUACAGUCUGGACUUGCAGCAGUAUCUCACAACCUUCAUCAGCACGUUUGCACAACACCCAGCCUUUCCUGUCUUCAUCCCACAUCUUAAUCCACACGAGAGAGAGGUGUUGCAGGGCAUUGGUGUUGUGUGCUGAGCAGUCUGCUUAGCACCUGAAGUGCUCAAAUUUGCAGUUUUGACUUCUAUUUUUUUUUCUGCUUGCCUUGCAAAUGAUAAUGAAAAAAUAAAUGCAAGGACCCUGAACUAUGAGAGGUUGGAUAAUAGUGGAAACUUGGAUGAUAUAGAAGACACAAGCAAAUUUUGUUACCCGGUGAAUGAUUGCUUUAGUCAGUUGAUAAGUUUUGAAAAAAAGGAAGAUUGAAACCAGUUAUUCUUGAUAUGGUAUGCUCUCAUGAAUACUAAAAAUUAUAAAGUGAAUUGUUUCCCAUGUUGAAGGUAUUAUCUAAGAAUUUGUGUGAUAAAUACAUUAUAUCAGUAAAAGAAUCUCAUUCAUAGAAUGGAUUGAUUUCAGGGUUACACAUACUGCAUGCCUGAAUUGAGAGACGUGUAAUAUUUUAUACAUCCUAAAUAUGUUUAUAUAUCAAUCGUGUACGAAACCAUUUACUUCUUUACACGUGGUCCAAGUUACAUUAUUUAUAGACUUGUUAUUGCUCAUUUCAAUGCAUUUGGAUACUAAUGACUUUAAAAAGUAUGAAAUACAAUGUUUAUAAGUUCAAGAUACAAUGAAUGAAAACUGAACUGUGAUCGUAGUUAUGAUAAUGUUGAAGAUGGCAACCUAGAUGUCAAGGAGUUCAGGUCUUGUUCCAAAGGGACAGGACCUGAAGUACAAUACUGGUAUAGGACGUGUAUAGAAUAAUUAGAUUAUUCCAUUGUUCCAUUUUGCAUGAAUAUUCUUACUUCACCAUGCCCUAUUCUAAAUAUGCAUGCAAGAUGAAUUUAGGCCUUUGAUAUAGUCUUUGUCAUCCAGACUCCCACCUUGUCAUGGCUUGAUGAUGGGUUUAGUGAAUUAGGAUAUUGGUGUUGCCUGAUUAAUAAAACAUGGAUUGCUUGCAAUAUUUGAGAAUAAUGGCUCUUACUUUUUUUUUAAGUAUGUUGAAGUGCCUGCUAGCCAUGUUACCCAGUGUCAAACUUUUGCUUUAGUAGAAGUUGCUUGAGUUUCCUUAAUACAAAAGACAUUUUGUUUACCUUAUUUUCUAUGCAGCUUUUAACUCCAGAUUGAGAGAUGCAUUAUAUACUGUGUUCACGAUUUCCACUCAUUAACAGGAUAGUCAAAGGGUCUGGAACUUCGUCAAGGUUAAGUUAUGCUAAGUUGGGUCUGAAGGGACACACUGUUGUAAUCUACAAGAAUGUGGCUUGGGACUUUAAACCAGUGGACCAGAUAUGUCUUAAGAGCAGAGAGACUUGUGAAGACCGUUUAUGUUGUAACCAUGACACUUUUUAACUGUAAUAUGUCUGUGACCUUCCCAUCCCUUUAUGUUUGAUAGUGUUGAAAUUUUCGAGGUGCGACUUCCAUUGAUACAAUGCUUUAAGUAUUUCCAUUUGUAUGUGGCCGACUUUUUUUUUGUUAUUUUCCCAUUAUUAUUUUUUAAAGACUAUAUUUAUAGGGGAAAUGGUUGAACAUCUGUAAUUAUGUGCAUGCUACUUUUUUUACUGUUGAUUGGAAGUUUGAAAUUGAUUAUCAGCUCUACAGAUAUUAUAUGACAUGUAUUUUUAUAUUGCUUGUUAACUUCUAAAAAAACAAAAGAUAAACCUUUUGUGAUUUAAAAUAAAUGUCAGUAACAUGGGAAAGAGGGUGUCUUUCUUGUAUGGCAACUGUUUAAAAUAUAAAUGAAAAUAUAUUGUCUGAAUUUUAUAUUAAACAUUUAAAAGUAUUUUUCACAAAAUCUUACGAAAGGACCUGAUUCUUUUUAGAGAGUUGGAAGAUAGAUUCAAAAUGUGAUACGACUAUAGGCAAGUAGAGAGAUGUAGAGUUCUUUAUAUGUAUCGUAUAUUAUACAUGUGUAAGAAGCUUCCAGUCUCCUUUUUCUAUUGGCUUGUGCAAUGUUGCAGAGCAUUGCAUAGGAUGCAUUUUAUAAACAAGUAAUAGUGUGUACUAGUGGAGACAGAAUGGGGGAUAUCAAACUAAAUAAGAUUACUAAGACAAUUGUUGGGAAUGUUGAAAUAUAGAUGUGAUUAGAAGAGACAGGAAUGAGUUUUCAAAUUCAUUUAGUUUAUAUUUUCGUAUGAUCCUUUUAAUGCAUUCUUUUAAAGAUUAUUUGAUUAUGAUAGUCAAGUUAGAUAUGCUAGGCUACGGUUUGUAUGUUCUGUUCCUGUUGUAUGGAGAUAUUUUCUGGAAAUGUAAUUCACAUUUUGCA